AUGUAUAGACAAUUUACACGUGGAUUUUCCUCCUCUUUGCCAGCCAGAAAUUAUGCAUCAACCAUCAAAAACUUGAAGGUUACCAAGGACACAAGAGUUAUUUAUCAAGGGUUCACUGGUAAACAAGCUACAUUCCAUGCUGAACAAGCAAUUGCUUAUGGUACCAAUGUUGUUGGUGGUAUCAACCCAAGAAAAGCCGGUACCACCCAUUUGGAUAGACCAGUUUUCGGUACCGUUGCUGAAGCCAUCAAAGAAGCUGGUGCCAGUGCCACUGGUAUUUUUGUCCCACCACCACUUGCUGCUGCUGCCAUUGAAGAAGCCAUUGCUGCUGAAAUCCCAUUGGCAGUUGCUAUUACUGAAGGUAUUCCUCAAAAAGAUAUGGUUAGAAUUGCCCAAAUCUUAAAGACUCAAGAUAAGACCAGAUUGGUUGGUCCAAAUUGUCCUGGUCUUAUUGCUCCAGAUCAAUGUAAGAUUGGUAUUAUGCCAUCCAGUAUCCACAAAAGAGGUAAAGUAGGUGUCAUUUCCAAAUCAGGUACUUUGACUUAUGAAGCUGUUGCUCAAACUACUGCCGUUGGUUUAGGUCAAUCAUUAGUCAUUGGUAUGGGUGGUGAUCCAUUCCCUGGUACCAACUUCAUUGAUGCCUUGACUUUAUACUUGAAUGACCCAGAAACUGAAGGUAUCAUUAUGAUUGGUGAAAUUGGUGGUAGUGCUGAAGAAGAAGCUUCUGAAUUCUUAAAACAACACAACUUGACUAGACCAGAAGGUCCUAAACCUGUUGUUGGUUUCAUUGCUGGUGUUUCCGCUCCACCAGGUAGAAGAAUGGGUCAUGCUGGUGCCAUUGUUGCUGGUGGUAAAGGUGAUGCCAAAUCUAAGAUUGCUGCUUUGGAAUCUGCUGGUGUUGUUGUUGAAAAAUCACCAGCUAGAUUAGGUAACUCAUUGUUGGCUGAAUUCAAAAACAAAAACUUGUUAUAA